AUGGAUCUUCCACCACCAGUUCACGCCGUUCCUCGCUCGGUCGCGCUGCCGUGGCCGUCCCUCGCCUGAUCUCGUGAAUCGUGAUCCGCUCAAGCACUUUACGAGGUAACUUGGCAUCGCUUUCACUUGCAAAUCCGAUAAACGAUCGGCUGCUGGAUCCUGCUGACGUGUUAUCUCGAAGCGGAAUUCGAGUAGUAAAGUAGGGUGUUGACUUUUCGACCAUCGCUUUAGCGGCAUAGCUUCUCUAGCCUCUCUUCAAGCUUCUCUAUCUUCGAGAUCCGAGCUCACAUAUUAGUCGAGAUCGCUGUCCGUUAGCCUCCCGCAUUCGUCCCACAGAAUCCCACACUUCGCAUUACAUCCCCCUCCAGAUGUCAUCCGGUGCGCCUGGAGGUCCCCCCUAUCCGCGGGGUCCUCCGGCCUUCGCUGGCCCUCCGCCAGCCGGCGCGCGCCCCCCAUUCGGCGGUCCUCCGCCUUUCGCGGGGCCGCCAGCCUUCGCCGCUCCUCCCGCAGGCCCUCACGGCUCCGCACCUCCCGGAUUCAGGGGCCCCACUCCCCCUUCCGCCACCAGUCACCCUCCGCCUGCCUUCGCGCAACCCCCAACGGGCCCUCCGCCCGGCGCGCAACCACCAGCCGCGCCCGCGGGAUUCGUUCCGCCGAAUAGACCAGGCGCGCGGCCGCCAGGUCCCCCGUUUGCAGGUGCGCCGCCGGUGGGUCCUCCGCCUGGGGUCGCUAACGGGCCCUUGGCGGGCGCCCCUCCCCCUGGUCCUCCCCCCUAUGGUCAUCCCUCCCCCGCGGCGGCUGCGCCGUCCGCCUUCCAGCAGCGCCCUGGUCCGCCUCCUUUCGGAAGACCAGCUGGCGCUCCCCCUGGUCCUCCGCCAGUGGCUGGUUCCGCGCAACCGCCUCCGCCGUUUGCCGCGCGGCCGCCUGGUUCCGCGCCGUUUCUACCCCCCGGUCCGCCUCCCAUGGGCGCAGGCGCGCAGAUACCCGCAUUUCCGCCACCGCAAGGGGCUCCGCCAACGGGGCCUCCCCCUGCUUACGGAUCCGCGCCCUCUGUUCCCCCUCCGCCGUUUUCUUCCGCCCCUGCCCCUCCCCCUUAUGGAUCCCAACCCCCGCCUCCCGGAUAUCCCCCGACCGCGCAACAUUCCCCCAAUUCGGUGCGCCCGCGUCACAUCCCCCGCCUGCGCCGUCCUUCGGCGCUCCUCCCCCAUUUGGCGCGCCUCCCCCGCAGCCCCCUUCUCCGCUUGGUCCCCCGCCCACAGGCGCAGCGGCAACCCCCCCAGCCAUGGCGCAAGCAGCAGCCGCGCAAGCGUUGGCGGAAGACCUUCAGUCUCUCGCGAUCGGCGCAGGGCCAGGCGCAGGGGGAGCGGACGCGGUAGAUUACAGCGCGCUCCCGCGGCCAGCGGGGGUAGUGGUCGGCGGAGAGGACUUCGCGGGGGGAGCAGACGGCGGGGAGGAGGCGCUUGAGGGGUGGGGGGAGGGCUUGGUGGCGGGAGGAUUGGCGGAGAUCGAGGGGAAUGCGCAUCCGCGGUACUUUAGAAUGACCUGUGGGGCAAUUCCGGAUUCCCAGUCGCUCAGGAGCAGGUGGCAUCUGCCCCUGGGGGCCGUGCUGCAGCCUCUUGCGCCCACUCCUCCUGGGGAGGAGGAGGUACCGGUGGUGAAUUUCGGGUCGUCAGGCAUCAUUAGGUGCCGGCGCUGCCGCACGUACGUCAACCCCUUCGUCACCUUCACUGACGGGGGCAGGCGCUGGCGCUGCAACAGCUGCAACCUGCUCAACGAAGUAUCCCAUGAGUAUUUCUGCAACCUCGACAGCACUGGCAGGCGCACGGACUGGCAUCAGCGGCCGGAGCUGAGCCGCGGCAGUGUGGAGUUUGUGGCGCCUGUGGAGUACAUGGUGCGGCCGCCCAUGCCGCCCACCUUCUUCUUCCUCAUCGACGCCUCCGUCAACAACGCCCGCUCAGGGGUGCUGCAGGUGAUAUCUGACGCUAUCCGUGCAUGCCUCGACUCUCUCCCCGGGGACUCCCGCACGCGCAUCGGCUUCCUGCUCUUUGACUCCUCGCUGCACUUCGUCUCCCUUAAAGCCUCUCUGACUCAGCCGCACGUCCUAGUCAGCGCUGACAUCGACGACCCCUUCCUGCCGCUGCCAGAGGACGAGCUCCUGGUGAACGCGCACGAGAGCCGCCACGUGGUGGAGGCCUUUUUGGACGCCCUGCCGAACCUCUUUGCCACGAGUACCAACGUGGAGUCUGCCAUGGGGCCGGCUUUGAAGGCUAUGUCGCUGCUCGUGAGCCAGCUGGGCGGGAAGGUUCUUCUGUUCCAAUCCACCAUGCCCUCACUAGGCGCGGGACGGCUGAGGCUGAGGGGGGACGACCCGCGGCUGUACGGCACGGACAGGGAGCACACGGUGCGCUGCUCUGAGGACGCCUUCUACAAGAGCACCGCCGCUGAGUUCUCCCGCGCUCAGAUCUGCGUGGACACGUUUGUGUUCAGCAGCAAAUACUGCGACCUGGCUUCACUCGGCACCCUGGCACGCUACACGGGAGGGCAGGUGUACCACUACUCGGGUUUCCAUCUGGCCAACGACGGGGACAAGCUGCGGAGCCAGAUUGUGAGGAACCUGACGAGGGAGACAGCAUGGGAAUCGGUGAUGCGCAUUCGGUGCAGCAAAGGCCUCAAGAUUGCCACCUUCCACGGCCAUUUCUUCAUCCGCAGCAGCGACCUGCUGGCUAUCCCAGCAGCUGACGCGGACAAGGGCUAUGCCGUGCAGAUCUCCCACGAGGAGGCGGUGCUAGCCAAUCAGACCAUGGCGUACCUGCAGUGCGCGCUGCUGUACACGUCAAGCUGCGGCGAGAGAAGGAUCCGCGUGCAUACUCUUGCCGUGCCGAUAGUGAGAGACAUGGCUGAGCUGUACCGGCGCUGUGACAUGGGGGCGACCGCAACUGUCCUGGCCAAGAUCGCUCUCGACAAGUCCCUCACAUCGCGCCUGGAGGAGUGUCGCCAGCUCAUCCAGAACAAGACAACGCUUGCCCUCCGGGAGUACCGCAUCCUGACGGCCGGCUCCGCCGCCCUCUCCCGCACGUCCGGCUACGGCAUGCCGCCCCCAUCUCCGUCCAACCCCUAUGGCCCGCCUCAGUCGCACCUGCACCAGCCGAACCUCCCCCAACAGAGGCUCGUUUUCCCCGAGUCACUGCGGCUGUUGCCACUCUACACGCUGGCGCUCUGCAAGAGCCCGGCGCUUAGGGGUGGUUUCCAGGAAAUGGGGGCGGAUGCGCGGGCGGCAGCAGCGUUUGAAUUGAUGGUGGUGUCGGUGGGGCGGACGCUCAGGAUGCUGUACCCGCGGCUUAUUCGCGUGGAUGCCAUGCCGGCACAGUGCGGGGUGGCAGACGAAUCCGGCAUUGUCACCAUCCCCCGCGCCAUGCCGCUCGCCACGUCAUCGCUGGACCCGCAGGGCGCGUUCCUAUUGGACGACAGCACCGGCCUCACCCUCUGGCUGGGCGGCGCACUGCCAGCUGGCACCGCCGCCCAGAUCGUCGGGCAGGACGCUCUGAACGCCCCGGACAUAAACCAGGUUCCGUUCAUUCCGCCGCCCGACAGCCCUCUUGCCGCCCGCAUCUCAGCCAUAGUAGAUGCGCUGCGCAGCGGAGAUUUCCCGGGCGGCAACGGCAGCAGAGGGGGAGGUGAGGUUUGUCACCAAGCGGUGCAGCUGCUGCGGCAGGGCGGCAGUGGUGAGCUGGCGUUCUACCAUUCGUUCGUGGAGGAUAGGAGCGCCACGGGGAUGGGGUAUGGGGAGUUUGUGGUGCACCUGGCGAGGCAGGUGCAGGUGAAGUGAGGUUGGGGAGAGGGAAGGGGGUAGAGACGAGGUGAGAAGAGAUGGUAGAAGUGGUGUAGUGAGGGGAGAGGGAUUGAAGGGUUGCCAUGAGAUGGGGUAUGGGGAGUUUGUGGUGCAUCUGGCGAGGCAGGUGCAGGUGAAGUGAAGGAGAGAGGUGGAUUGAAGGGGGUAGAGACGAGGUCGGAAGAGGGGGUAGACGUGGUGUAGUGAGGGGAGGGGAAUUGAAGGGGUGUCACAGGGAUAGGGUAUGGGGAGGUUGUUGUGCACCUGUCGAGGCAGGUGCAGGUGGAGUGAGGAAUGGGGAGAGAGAAGGUAAGGAAAUAGGAGGGGUGUAGCGAGGGGAGAGGAGGGUAAGACAUGCCAUAGGGAUGGGGUAUGGGGAGUUGUGGUGCACUUGGUCAGGCAAGUACAGGUGAAGUGAGAAGGGAGUUGUUUUUACUGCUAUAAUACUUACCUACUACUACAUCACAGUAUUCCUAGUAAUACCCGGAGGUAGAAAAUUGUAUGGUACAUGGCCGCAAGUUCAUGCUCCUAGCGGAGGGAUCACUGGUCACAGUUUAGGUUGUGAAGCGUACAGGGAACAGCAGCAAGGUUUUCGGAUGAACUAUGAGUUUGAGAGUUUGACGUAUCCAAGAUGGAGUUGGGUUGACGUAUGUGCAAGCAAGCUGGACAGGUGGUUGGUUGAGAGAUAGCAAGCCUUGAUGCUAAAAUUGGAUGAGUUGCAUUAGCCUUUGAGCUGUAAGAAUGACGGACGUGUUUAAGUUUUUUCUAUAAUAUUCGUC